CCAUGAUCGCGUCCGAGUGUCAGACUCAGAAGCCGAGAAGCCUCGAGUCACCCUGACCAAAAGUCUAUCGCUAGUUGUUCAUAAGAAGGUGACGUAUCGAGGCGGUCUAACACCGAAGAGAACUCUACAGCACGACGCACUCGACAAUGGCCUCCAAACGCCUCAUCUUCGUGACAGGCAAUGCGAACAAGCUCAAGGAAGUUCGCGCCAUCCUCGCACAGUCAGGCGUAGAGAUCGACUCACAGGAACUCGAUAUUCCUGAAGUACAGGGAAGCACCCAGGAAGUGGCCAUCGCUAAAUGCAAGCGUGCAGCUGAACUACUCGGCGGACCCUGCAUUACCGAAGACACUGCCCUAUGCUUUGAGGCACUCAACGGACUGCCUGGACCGUAUAUCAAGUACUUCAUGAAGGAGAUCGGACAUGAUGGACUCAAUAAGUUACUCAUUGGCUUCCCGACGACCAACGCAUGGGCUCUCUGCACCUUUGCCUACAGCGCUGGACCAGGAACAGAGCCCAUCCUAUUUGAGGGUCAGACAGAUGGCCGCAUCGUGCCCGCGAGGGGCGAAACGAAGUUUGGCUGGGAUCCUGUUUUCGAGCCAAAGGGGUUCGAUCAGACGUACGCCGAGAUGAGCGCUGAGGUGAAGAACAAGAUCUCCCACCGAUAUCGAGCCCUAGAGAAACUACAAGAGUACCUUCGUACUUUAGGGGCUUAGAGUGAACUUCAUGUCUACAUCAGCGGUGGUCAUUCUCAUGGACAGACGUCGGGAGAGUGAGGCUGAAGACCAGUGUACGUUGAUUGAUAGCGGCGCGAUGAAUAGAUAUCAAUGUCAAAGGGUAACGGAGAUGAAUUCAUAGCCUCGCUUUUGAACUCUCCUUGUGUGUCAACUUCUGCUUCCGGGAGGUCUGGAAAGGUGCGAUGGUAUGCACGGCGGAGACGAGUAGCUUUGACGUUCUCUUGUCAUACACCUGCAAUGGCCAAUUCAUAACGCGCUUGACGUCGACCCGUGGCCCUCGAGACUUACCUCUGCGCGAGCGGCUGUAAU